AUGUCGUGUUUCGGCUUUGAUGCUCUAACUAAAUCAUACCUGUCACAUUGCAAGAUCAUUUUCGAGCAUCUACGCACGAGACACGGGAUGUUGUCGCUCAUCAAAAAGAUCAGUAGUUCGCAACAGACCCGGGCCAGUACUCCCGAGCAGGCAAAGGAGAAUGCUGGUGGUGAUGACACGAGGCACCAGUCCGAACAGCAAGAGGCUGCUCUCGACGUAGACCCGAGAGAUCCUGAGAGGUACUAUACCUUCCCUCGCUUCGAGGACGGAGACGAGAGACACGAUCCGGGCACCACUCGCGAAGAGCAGCAGCGCGAUCCGGGCACCUCAACCGAAGAUGACCAAGGCUCCGUCUCUUCAGCAAAGUCCUCCCGCGAGCAGGGAUUCCACACCUACACAACCAGAACCACAACCACAGCCACGACACCCACCCGCACACCCACAAAGACACCGACCUCCGUAUCUCCCCCUUUCUGGCCCAUCUCGCCCGUCCCAAAGAGACUCCGCAGCAAUGCAAACUCCCCCAGCCCACCUCUCCUCCAGAGACGCGCUGCAACAUCACAAUCCCUGUCUCCAGACCUACCUCGUGUACAAGCUCCCAGCAGAUCUUCUGCUCAAGUUCAUUCGCUACCCUCAAAGUCUCCUGUCACCAAAACCCAUUCUUCGCAAGCAGCACGUUCGUUGAGAAGUAUUUCGGCCGCUGCAUCGGCUAGAGUUGAGUACAAGAAGACUGUGGUGAAGAGUCCGAAGCAGGGAAAGGAUGGUCGGAGUCCUGGUGCACAGAAGCAGAAACGUCUUUCUAGCCAUUCUCAGGGAUCGCCAAAGAGGAAUGGUGGAAGAAAAAUUAGCGGAGAUUGA